AUGUCCUUAUUGGUGCAGACUCGUUGCCAGGUCUGGCUUGCCCAGUCACCACUGACGGAGACCUGUAGGAAGGUCCUCCGUAGUGUACCAGUCGAGCCAGGAGAGCUGUUUGGGUCAGCUGCCCUGGAGACGCUGGAGCGGGCUGCCCAAGCUCGGCAGACCAGGCAGCAGCUCUCAGGCCUUCAUAGGCAUGUGCCCACCCCCAGCAGGCCCGGGGGCCCCUCUGCUGCCCCUGGCGGCCGUACUCAGCCACCAGCUUACAGCGGUGGUCUUCGGAGAUCCCAGCGGCCCACCCAACCGCCCCCUGGUAACUUUCGAGCCCCUGGUGCUGGAUGCCCUAUCGUCUCCUCCCUUCGAGCCCCUGGCCCGGUCGCCGGCUCUCUAGACAGCCUCGUGCCUCAGAGCCUUACCGGCACCCCCCAAGGGGCUCUGGAGGCCGGGGGGCUAGGCCCUGAGGCCUCGGGGCCGGUAGUCAGCUGCUUUUCCCAACAGCAGCUCAGUUACUGGGCUGCCUGUACUUCCGACCCUUGGGUCGUUUCCACCUUAACCCAUGGGUACAAAUUGCAGUUCCGACGCCGGCUCCUAGCCUUCGGCCGGACCCUCUCCUCCUUCCUCUCCGGGGAGUUCUACUCAGUGUACUUUCUUGUGAGCAAGAAAGUCGGCGGAUUUCGUCCGAUAUUGGACCUCAGAGGGAUCAACGGAUUCUUGAAAGUGCUGAGAUUCCGUAUGCUGACCACAGCAGACACCCUUCUUGUUGUUGCACAGGGGGAGUGGUUCGCAACCGUGUACCUGAGGGAUGCCUACUUCCACGUGCCAAUUGCAUCUCAUCACCGGAAGUUCCUGAGGUUUGCCUUUCAGGGCCGACACUUUCAGUUCCGGGUGCUUCCCUUUGGUCUCUGCCUUUCUCCAAGGGUGUUCACCAGAGUCGUAGCAGCAGCUCUCGCCCCCCUGCAGGCGCGGGGCUUGAAGGUCCUGCCAUACUUGGACGAUUGGCUGGUUUGCGCGCCGUCCACAUCUCAAGUGGCUCAGGAUACGGCCCGCUUUUUAUCCCACGUAGCUCAGUUGGGGCUAACGGUAAACACCGGGAAGAGUUGCCUGGACCCUUCCCAGCAGGUCACCUUUUUGGGGAUGGUCCUGGAUUCGGUCGCCAUGAGAGCCUACCUGUCACCUUGCCGUGUGGACGACAUUUUGCACCUUCUUCCCAUCUUCAGGCUGGGCAAGAUGGUGCCUUACAUCCAGUUCCUCCAGCUAUUGGGCAGACUGACGGCUGCCUCAGCCGUCGUGCCCUUAGGCCUGCUGUCGCUGCGCCCCAUGCAAAUGUGGCUGAACAGCCUCCACUUGGACGCCAAAUGGCGCAGGCACAGAAGAGUCAGGGUGUCCCAGCAGUGUCUCCACUCUCUGUCCCGCUGGAGAGACAGGGACUAUCUUUUGAUGGGCGUGCCCAUGCACUUUUUACCCCAUCUAGGGGGCAAGCAUGUGCUUGUCCGCUCAGACAACAUGGCCACUGUUGCCCAGAUCAACCAUCAGGGGGGCACCAGGUCCACACAGCUACCCCGGGUAUCACAGAGUCUUUUGACUUGGGCGUCUCCCCGCCUGGCCAGUCUCCGGGCCGUCUUUCUACCGGGGGUUCAGAACCAGGUCGCAGACUUCCUCUCGCGGCACAAGCCUCCACUGGGGGAGCGGAGGCUUCACCCGGAGGUAGUAGAGACAAUCUGGGAGCUUUUCGGCAGGGCCGAGGUGGACUUCUUUGCCUCGGAGGAGUCGAGGCACUGCCCCCUCUGGUUCUCCUGGACGGAGGUGAGAGGGCAGGACGCUCUGGCCCACGAUUGGCCAGACAGUCUCCUUUAUGCCUUCCCACCACUGCCUCUGAUUUUACAGACGCUUCAGAGGGUCCUUACACGGGGACACAGGCUCCUUCUGGUGGCCCCCCUCUCGCCGGGGAGGGUGUGGUUCCCACUGCUGCGCAGUCUCUGCUGCAGCCCACCAUGGCGUCUCGCCAACAGGAAGGACCUGCUGUCACAGCUCAGGGGUCAGGUCUGGCAUCCCGACCCUCAUCGUCUUGAGUUGUCGUGGUUCUAUAAAACAUGUUUGUAUUGUGAAAUCGAGCUCUCUUUUGUUCCGGUGUUCCAGUUCAACUGGUUGAGUUUGUUUACGUUUUCCACUCCUUGA